AUGGCAGUUACUAGAGAGAAAGAAAAUUGUACAAGAAAAAUUAAUGGAAAUAUACCUGCAUUGUCCCUUAACAGUGAUAACAUGUCGACGUCCACAGAUAGUGACGAUAUAGCCGACCCAACGUAUGAAAUUAGGAACAUACAAAGUAUUAUAAACGUGACCCGUGAAAACAUCGAUGCUCUUAACGCGAAAUUCGCUGGAUUACAGCAUCCACCGUCUUUAUACCUUACAGAAUAUCAAGAACUAACGGCGAAGUUGCAUAAUUUAGAGCUUAGGGAACGAACUUUAAGGGAGUUGUUGCAAUCUGAGUCGCCGGACAGAAGUGAGGAGUAUUCGUGGCAGGAUGAAAACAAGAAGUUCGAUACGCUUACAAGGCAGCCGAAGGUGUUUCUGCGAGCGCACCUUCCAAACCAGCAGCGCACCAGCGUGCAAGUGAAAGAGGGUGUAAGCUUACGUGAAGCGCUAUCGAAGGCGCUCAAACUCAGGAACUUGACGUGUGAAAUUUGUGAAGUGGUGAGGACAGGGAACGAUGAAGUGAUACCGUGGGAUAUUGAUAUAACUAUGAUAGAUGCCGAAGAGGUGACAGUGAGGACACUAGACAAGCUGCCCAUAAUGUCCCACAUGUCCCACCAAUACACCCGCAAGACUUUUUUUACCCUUGCAUUCUGUGAGUGUUGCCGCAGACUGCUCUUUAAUGGCUUCUACUGCUCACAGUGCAACUUUAAGUUCCAUCAGCGAUGUGCUGACAAAGUGCCUAGUAUCUGUCAUCAGGUUCGCAUGCCUGAUACCUAUUAUGCUGCUCUCCUUGCUAAGAAUCCGGAAACACAGGCUGGAAUACUGUAUCUUCCCUCUCAAUUUAGCUAUAAUCAAAAUAAGUCUGCUUCCCCAGCCAAGAAGAACAGGGAGUUUGAUAUGAACUGGCAGCAGCACCCUCGUUCACUAAACCAACAAGACCGUUCCAACUCGGCACCCAAUGUCUGCAUCAAUAUGGUGCAGCGCCCUCUCACACUAGCAGAGCAUCAAAGAAAACAUAAUCAGAGCAACAACUCUCCACAAUCAUCAAAUUAUCUAACAUCAGGAAGACACUAUAAAGACGACAAGGAAAGAGGAGACCACCAACACAGUCAAAGUACACAGGCAUCUCCAACCGGUACGCUCCGUCCACGACGCGCGCGCGCACGUUCCGCGGAUGAAUCGUGGAAACAUGCACUGGCACCGCGAGAAAGUUAUGACGACUGGGUUAUACACGCCGAUGAGAUACUUAUCGGCGCACGGAUAGGUUCUGGGAGCUUUGGGACUGUAUACAAAGCUCAUUGGCACGGUCCUGUUGCUGUAAAAACGCUUAAUGUCAAAACACCAACACCUGCUCAGCUGCAAGCAUUUAAAAACGAAGUGGCGGUUCUAAGGAAAACACGGCACUGCAAUAUCCUACUAUUCAUGGGGUGCGUUUCAAAGCCAUCACUAGCUAUCGUAACGCAGUGGUGCGAGGGCUCGUCCUUAUACCAACAUUUGCACGUGCUGGAAACGCCUUUGCCGAUGCUUUAUCUCAUCGACGUAGCUCGGCAGACAGCCCAGGGAAUGGACUAUCUACACGCGAAAAAUAUUAUACAUAGGGACCUCAAGUCAAACAACAUAUUCUUGCGCGACGACUGGUCUGUUAAGAUCGGGGACUUUGGUCUGGCAACGGCCAAAGUUCGAUGGUCUGAAUGGGGGGCGGCGGGUGGCGUUCAAUGGCAACAACCCACGGGCUCCAUACUUUGGAUGGCUCCAGAGGUCAUUCGCAUGGAGGAGCCGGCGCCUUACACUUUCCGGUCUGAUGUCUACUCCUAUGGCAUCGUGUUGUUCGAGCUGAUGGCUACUGAGCUACCCUACUCGAAUCUCAAUAACAAAGAUCAGAUCCUGUGGAUGGUUGGCCGUGGCCUCCUAAAGCCGGACAGCCGUAAACUUCGAGGUGACGCACCCCAAGCCCUCAAACGUCUCUUCGAAGACUGCAUCAAGUUCGACCGGCAGCAAAGGCCUCAGUUCCGUCAAAUUUUGGCAGGACUAGAGUCGAUGCUUCGAGCCAUGCCUAAAAUCACUCGAAGCGCCUCGGAACCCAGCCUUAGUCGGCAAUUGCACGCCUCCGACGACUACCUCACAUACACCUGUGCUUCGCCGAAGACCCCUGUCAACUUCCACUUUAAUACAGAUACCAAUUUCCCGGCCUUCUAUGGUAUACCAGUGCCAAACCAGCGGCACUAG